AUGUCAAGACGCUCCGGAAUAGAUCGACGUCGUACCUUAAAUUUAUCUUCAAAAAAUAAAUACACAAAAGCUCGCCGUUACACCCUCUCAGCAGACGCCCAAGCGGCGUUGUCAAACCUCAUCGAAGAUGUAAUCGAGAACACCCUGGAAGACGCGAAAAAAAUGGCGGAAAAUGCUGGAAAGAACAAAGUCUCUAUCGAAGAAAUUGAAGGCGCGUUAAAAAAAUUAUGCAAGACUUUUUCCACGGAAAAUUCUACAGAAACAAGAUUCAGGCCUAGUUAUUUAACAUUUCACCCUUUCAAGAGACGCUUUUGA